AUGCAACCAUUGGAGGCUGAGGUCCAGGAGAUCACAUGGCGAUUGUUUGAAACUUUGUUUUUGAACAAUUACUUCCCUAGGGAGGUUAGGGAAAGGAAGUAUAAUGACUACAAUGACUUGAAGCAAGGGUCGAUCACAAUGGACCAAUAUUUCGCCAAGUUCAAUGAAUUGGUGAAGUAUGCUAACUAUGGGAGAGCCUUACCUAAUCCGGCCGAGAUGACCUCCAAAUUUCAAUGGGGUCUGAAUGAGAAGAUGUCUCGAAAAAUGUCCAACUGUGAUAUUAUAGACCUCAACAAGUUUGUAAAUCAAUGUAGGAAGGUGGAAAAAGUGUAUAGUGUUCCUAAGAUCAAGAAGUCUUAUGAGGCACAAGCGUUUGGUGCUAGUGGAGCAACUGACUCUACUUCAGAAAAGAAUAAGAAAAAGGAUGACAAGAAUGAAAAGAAGAAAUUACAAGCGAGACAAUCAGAUGAAAAGUUUAAGGGAAGCGGGAGUCGAUAG